UCCGGUCCCCGCCUACCCCCGCGGGUCCACCUCUCUUCCCCUUCGGCCUCCUGCCAUCUUUUCUGGUCUCCUGUCACGGUCCCUGCGCUCCUGCCCCCUCCCCCUACAGCCGGAACUCAUUUCCCGACCUACUUAUGCGCGCCCCCUCCCCCAGAGGAUACCCGGGAGCCGGGCCGUUCUCGGACCGCGGCGCUGAGGACACCUGGCUGUCGCCAGUGCCCACCGCCCCCCGUGUCCGGGCCUCUUUACCCCGCUGUCGAGUGGGGUUAAACCCGAAAGCGUCGGGCACGCGGGAGCCUGUGUACAGGUUCCCUCUUUCCUCUGGGGAAGGACCGAACGCACGCCCUGCCUACUGAGCGCUGCUGGUCAUCCCGGCCCGGACUCUGCUCCCUGAGAUCCCGGAGUGCAGUCCCCGGUCCUUCCCACCGGGAGGAGCUGGCGUUGGGGAGGGCCGUCAGGUGCAACGUGCGAGCAGUCCCUUUGCCGAGGGCUGAGCUCCCGUCCCCGGCCUCAGUUUACUCCUGGCGCCAGGCAGAGGUGGAGGCUGGCCUGCCCGCCCGCCGAGGCGCCGGGCCCCGCGCCGGGCACCGGCGGGGAGGCCGCUGCAGCAGCCAUCUUGCCGCCCAGGACCGGCUCCAGCCGCCCUGCAGGAGGCCUCCCUCCCCCGCGCCCCCUCCUCUCCCCAGUGCUCCCUGGCAACCCCCCCCCCCACUUCCCCCUCCCCGCUCGGCCCGCUGGCUCGGUCGCCAUGGGAACCAGAUUCUUCAGGGCUGGGAACACAUGCGCCUUCUUUGGCCUUUUCGCUCCCCCUAGCACCGGGUGGGGGGGGGGGGGACAGCUACCUCCGGGAGUCGUGACUUGGUAGUCCCUGAGCUCCGUGCCUCCGCCCCCCUCCACGGUCCCUGUACCGCUACCGCGGAACCAGCCUCUUGCGCUGGGGCAGCCCCUUCCUCUCCCGUGAGGGGGCAGGCAGGGCUCCUGGGUCUCGCGGGAGCGAGCUGACAUCCUCAGUUUCCCUAUUCCUCCUAGGAGUGCUUCCCCUUUUCCGGGCAGGCUUCCCGGCCAGCUCGCCCGGCCGGCCCCACCGGCUGGGGAGGUGGUGGAGAGCAGACGCCUCCCCCGUUUUGAGCAGGGGGAAACGGAGGUCCCGGCGUCGAUCUAAGCGGGGUGGGGGCUGCCCCGGGGCUCUCCUCCACCUCUCCGUGAGUCACCGCCCCCCCCUGUGGACUCCCACUCCCACUCCCUCUCUCUGGGAGCCGGGAGGGAGAGCAGGCGGAGGAGCUGGUCUGAGCACGCCCUGCCCCCCCCCCCCCCAGGCCCCUCCUCCUAGCUUCAAGAUGCAGCCCACGCCCACCAUGGCCACCGCCGCCGCCAGCACCGCCGCCACGGCUGCCCUGACCUCGAGGUGGGACAACACCACCAGCAGCCCCACCGCGGAGCCUGACCCCAUCCUCAACAACUACGUGCUGCUGGUGGUGGUCCUGUCGCUCUUUGUCGGUGGCACUCUCGUGGUGCUGUCCGGAGUCCUGCUCCUGUGCAGGCGCUGCUGGGAGGUCCACCGGCGCUUCAACAGAGCCAUGGAGGAAGCAGAGAAGACCACCACCACGUACCUGGACAGCAGCGCCCAUCCAGCCCAAGACCCUGACUUCAGGGGGGAGGACCCCGAGGGCCAGGACGCAGAGACGGAGCGCUUCCUGUCCACCAGCUCCACGGGCCGCCGGGUGUCCUUCAACGAAGCAGCCCUGUUUGAGCAGAGUCGGAAGUCACAGGACAAGGGGCGCCGGUACACCCUGACGGAGGGGGACUUCCACCACCUGAAGAAUGCCCGCCUCACCCACCUGCACCUGCCGCCCCUCAAGAUCAUCACCAUCCACGAGUGCGACUUGGGUGAAGCCAGCGCCAGCACCCCCCCACACGCCGCUGCCGCCCCCAAGGCUAGUCUCGCCAUAUUCCAGCCCCCGGGGAAGGCCCUCACCGGCCGCUCUGUGGGCCCCAGCUCCGCCCUGCCAGGUGACCCCUACAACUCGGCCGCGGGCCCUGCCGACUUCGAGAUCAGCCCCUUGGCGUCCAGCGACUCCGGGGAAGGCGCCUGGGCGGAUGCAGGCGCCCGGAGCACCAAGCCCGUCGGGUCAGGGGCCACAGGGGGACCCGAGGAGGCAGGUCCAGGCUCCGGGGCAGGACCCGUCCUGCAUUUCUUCACCCGCCUGCGGCGCCACACCAGCCUGGACGGGGCCAGCCCGUACUUCAAGGUCAAGAAAUGGAAGCUGGACCCCAGCCAGCGGGCAUCUAGUCUGGACACAAGAGGCUCCCCCAAGCGGCACCACUUCCAGCGGCAGCGGGCAGCCAGCGAGAGCACCGAGCAGGAGGAGGGGGAUGCCCCCCACAUGGACUUCAUCCAGUACAUCGCCAGCGCAGGCGACACGGUGGCCUUCCCGCCCCCCCGUCCCUUUCUGGCCAGCCCCGCCAGCCCAUCCCCCGCUCUCGGCAGGUAUUUCGUAGUAGAUAGAAGCGUCAGGGGUGGACCUGUGGGCCCCUGCCCCACCCAGUCCCCCUCUACGUGGCCUGGGGAGGGCUUUCCCCACCCUGCAGACAUACCACAUUCUUCCAGCUCCAUCGUCCCUCCUGGAGACUGCCUCACUGGGGCCACCUCUCCAGCAAGGACCAGAAGAGGGAAACUGGGGGAGACUGGGCUAGAGGCAGCGGAGGAGGCGGGCGCCGCGGGAGGAGCGAGCCCCGAGUCUCCCCCCGAGCGCAGUGGUGGUGCGGGGCCAGAGCAGCAGCAGGAAUCUGAUGGUGAGCGGGACUCGGGGCCAGAGCAGGCCCAGACCACCUACCGGGAUAUCUGGAGCCUGCGAGCCUCUCUUGAGCUGCACGCGGCUGCCGCCUCGGACCACAGCAGCAGUGGCAACGACCGCGACUCGGUGCGCAGCGGCGACAGCUCGGGCUCGGGCUCGGGCUCCGGGACCACCGUGCCCACUUUCCCACCGCCCUCGCCGCCCCCCACCCCCCGGCCGGCAGACAGCGAGGCGGGAGGUCCGCGAAAGCUGUUGCAGAUGGACAGCGGCUACGCCAGCAUUGAGGGCCGCGGCGCCGGCGAGGACGGGCUCCUCAGCGCGUCCGAGAAGCGCUCUUCCUUCACCAGCGCCGGCCGCACGGCCACUGUGGGCACCAGCUUCGAGGGGGCGCCGGCGCCCACCGAGGCGCCCGUCCGGCCCCGCAGCCCGCGCGCCUGGCCCCGCCGCGCCCCGCGCCGCGACUACAGCAUUGACGAGAAGACAGAUGCACUCUUCCACGAGUUCCUGCGCCACGACCCGCACUUCGACGACACGCUGCCCAGCGCCACGCGCCAUCGCGUGCGCGCGCACCCCCACACGCGCAAGCAGUGGCAGCAGCGCGGCCGGCAGCACAGCGACCCCGGCGCGCGCGCCACGACCCCUGCCCCGCCCGCGGCCCCGUUCGGGGCCGACUCCCGCCCCACGCGCGCGCCUCUGCGCCGAGGCGACAGCGUCGACUGCCCCCCAGAGGGCCGCGCGGGCGACGAACCGGCCGCGCCCGCCAUCCCGGUCAUCGAGGAGGAGCCCGGCGGUGGCAGCAGCACCUGCCCCGGCUCGGGCCUGUGCGUCGGGCCCCCGGGGACGCUGCUGGACAAGCUGGCGGCUGGCCUCGAUGACAGACUCUUCCCGCCGCGCCUCGCCCAGCCCAUCGCCACCGCUCCCACGCUGGCCGCCGCCGCGCCCACGUCUCCCGACCACAGCCCUGCCUAAGCCCUGCCUCCUGCACCCACCUCGUCAGCUUCUCCGGCGCCGCCCGGGACCCCUGCCACGGGACCCGCCUGGGGCGCGACGCUCCAGGGCGCGAGCGCUGGGGCCGCGGGGCCUCGCGCGCGCACGCGCGCAGGUCUUCUGGCCACCCCCACGUGCGCGUGCUCGCGUCCUCGUGACACCCUCGAGCUGCCUCUGGUGGGCACGCGCACACGGUCCCCGUUGGGCACUUAGCAGGUGCCCUGCGGCUUCCCAAAGCGCGAGGCUGCAGGGCCCUGGCUCGGCUGGAGGGGGCGUGGCAGGCUCUCAUCUUCGGGCUCCCGGGGAGAACGUUCACCUGCCUUCCACCCUAGACAGCAGCCUCUGAGUGGUGGUGGCGUCUCGGGCACAGAGCACCGGGAGGCGCUCGCGCAGGACCUGCUCCCUGGGGCAGGGGCGGGCGGUGCCGGGCGGUGCCGGGCGGCGCAUGCGCAGGGCGCCCCUACCAGGACCGGUGGAGCCUCGAGGCGAGUCUGGGCUGCACGCGCUGAAGGCCUCCCCAGGGCGCAUGCGCGGGCCCUCUAGGGCCCGGGGCUCCGGAGAUGGGGGGCCGGCCCGGCGCCGGCUCUGCAGCGCAGGUCGGGUGGAGGCCGCAGCCGCCAAACCCCUGAAGCUGUUUACCUCACUGCGGCAUGUGCUCCCGGCAGUCUGCGCCCCCUCCGAGCAAUAAACAACGCCUCGCCGCCACCCCCUCCCGCCGAGUUCCCACGCCCACCCAAAGCAUGUGAGUGGGCCACCCGCCCGCCCCGCAGGUGCACCGUCCAAAGAGCAGCCAGAACUCUGUCAUGUUUUAAGACACAAAACCCAAAUGGCCAAGGUUUCAAGUUUCCCAAGCUUUAUUUAUUGCCAAAAGAUGGGGCAGCCCUCGCCUGCGGCCGAGUCGCCCCACCCCGCCCCUCCCCUCGGAGCUUCGUGCCGUCUGUGUACCAUCCAGUGAUGGGAGUUUCUUGUGUUUGUUUUCUGGUUGAUUAUAAAUAUUUACUGCACA